AAACCGGCGCGGCGGCGACGUUUGCGCAGUUUAUCGCUAAGCAGAAUUCGCGCCCGGAGAAGAAGCGAGCCUCGCGCGGCGGAGCCUCUUAUUGCGCAGUACGACCAGUAAUUUCGCGAGGCGAGCAUUCGACGACGACGUGCCCGACAUCGGGUUGCUGACGAACGAAACGAGUGAUUUCCCGAAGGCGACGAGAGAAUCAUGUCUUUGGUAUCGAGAAACUUGUUCCGCAACUGGUGGGACGAUAUAGACCGCUACCACCGCGAGAUAGACGAGCACUUCAACAGGCUGAGUCUACGCGACGACGAUCUGUGGCUCCGCGACACGUACUGGCCCUGGCGCAACAGGUACUGGCCGUGGUACGGGAGAUACGAGAUGCCGGGCAGCUGGGCGAGGGUUGAGCGCGACGACGACAAGUACCAGGUGAUCGUGGACGUGCAGCAAUUUAGCCCGGAGGAGAUCAUCGUGCGCACCGACCACGAGUGCAUCACCGUCGAGGCCAGGCACCGCGAGAGGAAGGACAGGCAUGGCUACAUACAGCGGGAGUUCAUACGCCGCUAUCUGGUGCCCAAGGGCUACGACAUCGGCCACGUGAAGCCCAGCCUGUCGUCCGACGGUAUCUUGACUAUCACGGCGCCCAGGCUGGCAUUGCCGGCGCCGGGCGAACGCAUCGUGCCAAUUCGACGAACCUACUUGCCGGCCAUCAAGGCCAAGUAACGCGCUGGAAUGUUUCCGAAUAACGCGAGAGCGGUCCAGCGUCCGAGGGAUUAAUCCUGAAGACGUCCGAAUUUAUAUUUUCUAGAGCCCCGAUUUUGUUCUUAAAAUCAGUUACAGUUUGGAGAAUUGCCACUGCCUGUCAUUCGGUAAUUCAUGAUGCAGGAAGAGACGGGGAGUUAAUCGCAGGCGAGAAGAAAUCGGCGUUUAGAGUCUCGAAUGUUUGGACGACCUUCCGAUGUCUGCGACGAGUUUCGAACGACCGGUUCGCGUUAUUCGGCGUCCUCGCAAGUGUCUAUUAUUGUAUACAACCGAUCAAUACGAUGUAUCGAUAUUAUAAACUGAUGCUGGUACAUAUACAUAUGUACAUGUGUAUUUGGGCGUGUGUAUAUGUAUCAGUAUUGCGUUCUAUGCAAAAUGAGUCACGAUCGUUAUUUCAGCCAUAGUUUAAGAUUAACAGAAAAAGACUGCAGAAUAAAAUUUGCAUUCUAUCGUGUUCAAAAUAGAGAUUUACCACCGAUUAUCGCAUACAAGAGCGGAAAUUAACAGGUAUCGAUUCAACAAUUACGGCCGUGACUCAUCCUUCGUUCGUUGGAACGAUUUCGAUAUGUAGUUUAAUUAGCCAUAAUUGUAGAAAAUUGUACAAAAAAUUGCAUAUAUAUAUGUAUAGCUGCGACGCGUUAAUUAUUUUCUCAAUAGCUUUAAAAAGAAACACGACCGUUAGUAGCGAACAGCAGCACUAUUAGGAAGCUUUACGACGCUGUUAGACGUUACAUCAUUCGGGUUCGUCUCGGCGAUUGGUUUCGAACGGUUCAUGUCGCCGUGACUCGCUAUUAAAAUGUAACAACUGUUGCGUACGUUCCGCAGAGCUUGUCGCUAUUACAUAAUCGUUCACUUAAUUUAUUCGUGUUAUCAUUAGCUCGACAAUUCGAUUUAGAGUCCGUACUUAUAGAUUGUUUACGUAACAACUCUUUUUUGGCAAGGAAUGCGAGUUGCAUAAAAUAUGUAUGAAUGAUAUAGGUAAAUCACGCGGUAUUAAUUAUUCGUCACUAGCCAGGAAGUAAGUUAGAAUUAUAGGCAAGAUGUUAUGUAAUGUAUUCGUAUUUCGAGUUAGAUAAUUGCAAUUGUGUUCAAGUGACGAUUAAACACUCAAAUAUAUUCCAUACUCAGUGUUGAUAAAAUUUUACUCUUGCGGUACCUUUCGCAUAGUCAUUUGUAAUUUUAUUCUCGCUUUCUAUUAAACUUAAUAAUGUAAUAUUUUGCUAAUACAAUAUCUUCUUCAAUAAAGAUGUAAUAUUUAA